AUGUCCUGGUUCCAAAAGACCUUCACCCUCCCACCCCGCAGUCGCGGCUCCUACCUCAUCACCGACACCGUCCUCGCCGAAUUACCCGAGAUCCGCGACUACAAGGUCGGCAUGGUCAACCUGUUUGUGCAGCAUACGAGUUGCGCUCUCUCGUUGAACGAGAAUUGGGAUGACGAUGUGCGGGCGGAUAUGAGUGAUGCGCUGGAUCGUAUUGCGCCGUAUGAUCGGAAGGGUGAUUUGUAUCGUCAUUCGGCGGAGGGUGAGGAUGAUAUGCCGGCCCACAUCAAGUCCGCGCUGAUCGGCGCCUCUGUGAAUAUUCCCAUCUCGAAUGGUCGUCUGGCGACAGGCACCUGGCAGGGAAUCUGGUACCUCGAGUUCCGCACGAGUCGGCAUACGCGCAAGGUGGUCGCGACCAUUCAGGGUCAGAAGGCUUGA